AUUUUUAAUGCAUAAUAAAAUGUUUAAUACAUUUCAUUCAUUUUAUGAGUAUCUUCAACGUUUGAAUUCUUAUAAGGAUUUUUAUGGGAAUAUGCAUCCAGAAUAUUUAAUUCUUGAUUAUGAAUUGUUUUUCUAUCUGAGAGUAAUAAUAAAUCUUGGUGGGUUGGAGGGGUUGUCUUAUCAUAAUUUUGUUUUGUUAACUGGAGUAGAGAAGUCUUUUAAUCAUACGCUUAAUAAUUGUCGUCAGACGUUUACAAUAUCCGAUUCUCGGUAAGGGUGUACAUGUAUAUAUCAGAUCGAAUUUGUUUCUUUUUCGUGUAAAUCAAACCUAAACCUGGCGUGGCCUGAUAUACACGGAUACGUAUAUUGUAUGCGGAACUGUCGGAAUAAGAUAAUCUGUUAGGAAGGGCAAGGCCGCAUGCGCAAACAGACUUUCUACUCACCUUGUACAUGAUAAGAAAUGUGGGUGUGGAUAUCAACUUAAUCGCUUGUUUGUUAUUUUGAAAUCUAUACACCAGUGGGGUGUUAUUUGAAAACGAAAUUAAAAUAUAGCGCAUUUCUUCUUUUUUCAGACAAAAUUUUCAAGCACUGUUCAAACAUUCCCAAUCCGAAUCCAAGCUCGCGUAUUCCUUAAAAAGAAAGCAAAGUUUCAACAGAUUUUUCAGAUCCCUGCAUGCAACACGGAGAUUCAACUGUCGAAACAUCUCUUAAUCAUUAUGACGUUAAUUACGUAAUCCGCCACUGACCAAUGUUUACAUCCAACACGAGGAAUUUAUUUAGAUUGAUUAACUACGAAUUUUGAACAUUGUGCAAAAGAGCCCCCGCAUGAUCGCUGCAAAUCUGAGUUACUGAAAGAAACAGAUGCAACGAGUAGCGUUAAAACACACGUUAAUAUCAAAUCCCGUUUAUUAGCCGCGCGUUUCGCUAUCAGAAAACUGUUAGGUGUGUAGAGAAUACAAAAUAAUUCUGCACAAAAUAUGACCCAUCUUCGGCUAAAGCUAAAAAUAGCCUGACGUCGUGAAAGAGCUGCUCCGUGUUGGGAACCUGAGGAGUAGUGAGUUGUGUUUUGCGGAUUUUCUUUGGUUUGGACAGGAAAAAAGCUUGGAUCUAGUUUGAAAUUGUGUUUGAGAAUGGUUCGACCUUGGGAAAAAAGCCAUUGAGAGGCAGAAUAAAAAUCAACCAUGUGACCUCGAAUGAACGUUGUCGUUUCCAACAAAGCCUUGCUAUCACCCGCUUCUGCUUUCUCAAAGCCAACUAACAAGCACAGCAAAAGAACUCGCAAGCAUCAACGUUACCAUGAGCGACGAACGAGUACAAGCAGCAACAGCAGCAUUUAUAACGCAAACAAUGAUAAAAGACAUCCGGUAAAGAAGAGGUCACGACAUCGAAGAAAAAUGGGAACGUGCACUUCAAAGAAAAAACCCAAAGAAAAUCCAGAAACGGCUGACACGGAAGAUGUGUGGAAGAAACGGACAGAUGUACCAGUACUGGAAACAACUGAGACUGGUUUGUAUAAUUUUAGGAGAGAUGAUCCACUGAUUACUGAACUGAAAUCGGUUCUGCCAAGUAGAAAUGCUGUUGAAAAUACUAAUGUUCCACCUAGUACAAAAGGAAUCAAGAUGGCGGACGAUUCUUCUUCCGGUAGCCAUGGCUUUGUUACACCAUUAUCAACUCCGCCAGUCAGGAGAAUCCAGCAUCCCGUGUUUAAGGUUGCCACUCCUCCACCAUCUAGGAGAGUUGUGGAAUCUGAGACCAGCAAAAUUUCGAGUCCCGUUCUUCGCCGUGUCAAGAAACAAAGUGAGGUGGUACCACCUUCCCCGCCUCCACGAUACAACGAAGUCUUUCAAACGGAACUUCCGCGAGAAGUAAAAGAAUUGGAAGCAGCGCCCGAAUUACCUCCGCGAAGAAAUAGGCUAGGAAGCAACAAACUUUCGAGUCCUAGUCUUUCGAGAAGAGUAGAAAAUAAAAAGGAUUACCUAAAUACACCUUUCAGCAAAUCACAGGAAGAGAAAGCCGAUACGUUUGAAUUAAAGAAUAAUGAAAAACAACUAAGAUGUGAAAAUUGCAAUUCCCCCGUAUUAAUAAGAAAAGAUGAUCGUGCUCCUACGCCUCCUCCUCGAAAAACACAAGUUAAAAAUAAUCAAGAAUCAGUUCAACUUGACUCACCUUCUCUUCGUAGAGCAUAUCCUGUGUUCAAAAUUGAAACACCCCCUCCUACAAGACGGACUAUUGAAACGAAUAAGAAGAAAUCUGAAAUUCAAUGCAGUGAAAGACCAAACGCUAUUGAGAAUAAUGAACUACAAUCCAAAGUUCCACAUUUGGAAGCUGCCGAGACACAACCUCUUCCUUCGAAAGAAAACGAUUCUUCUAGACCACUAUACUCUACAAUUUCAAAACCAAAGCGAACUGAAAUUACACCCCCUGGAACUAUUGUUAGAAGACGAGAUAAGGAAACAGAUGAUUCACUUGUUGUCCGUGACGAUUCCAGGUAUCUUGUUAGACAGGAGAAAACUUUGUCAAUGGAAAUUGAGGAGGAGAACCUCCGCAACUACUUGAGGGAGCACGCGGGAAAAUCCUCGGCCACAAUGAAUGUACUUCCAGGCCCAGUUCUUGUGAAACAGUGUACUUUGCCAUCGCCCGCCAGAGCAGUUUUAACCGAUGUUCCUCCACCCAGUCCGAAUUCUCUCGAGAUACUAGAAGAAGAGGAAGAUAUAGAAGAUGAUGAGCAUGAAGAUAAACAGGACAGAAAAAGUAAAGAGAUGGACGAGUUCAAUGAUAUUGUGUGUCAGCGACUUUCACAGCUUUUAGAAACAAAAGAAAUGGCGCACGGUAGUGAUUUGAAAGAUUAUAAAGAAAAUUUGGAAGAUAAUACAAGCUACAAAAAUCAGAUUGACAGGGACAACAAAGUGUUACCAAUUGAAACCGUUCCACCUCCUCCAGAAUAUUUUGACGAUUUCUCUUUAGAUCUCAUGAACAACAAUAAACAGGGAAAUGAUGCAAUUGAAAACAUUGUCAAUAAAAACGAAGUUAUUGACUGUUUAUCAAAGGAUAAAAAUACGCUACUUUCAAGUACGAAUUCCACCAGGCAAAAUAUUCCACUCCAAAACAAAUUCAACUAUAAGGACUAUUGUCAAAGUAAAAAACAGACAAGCAGGGGGAUACAGGAGAAAAUAAAUCUCAUCAGUGAAGCCACUGCAUCAUCAGGUCGCGAAGAUCCGGAUGGAAUUUCUGAUAAAGUAGUGAUCGAGGAAAGUAUUGUACCAAUUUCAAUUAAGCGAAGGAGUUACGAACCAUCUGGCGAAAAUAGACAAUCAAAUCUUUUAUGCGAUGUAAUUCAAUCAUAUGUGAAACCCGAGGAAUCCGACAUAGAGAAAAUCAUGAACGAACCUGUCAUCAGCAAAGGCACGGUUAACGUCCAGGAAAAGAAGAAAAAAUCAACCUCUCUUGAUAGGAAGCCAUCAAAGCUUGACCAGUCGUUGAAAAAGCUUUUUGAAGUUCCCGUUAAGGAGGAUACGUAUGACAAACUUCUUCCGUUAGAGUCUUUCUUGGAUGAUGUAAUGGAUCAACCAUUACAGUCAGAGGGAACACUUCCAUACGACCCGUUUGAUUUAGAUGAGAGGAUACGCAGUAGAAGAGUGUUGGCAGGUCGACAGUCUGUCACCAGAACAGAAUCUGAUAUUGACAUUUCAGAGCCAGGCGAUGACUGGAGAGAUGACAUUAGUUCGGACAGUAAUCAGGCGGAUGACGAAGACGAAAUAGAGAGUGGGGAGGUAGUUUUCAGCAAAUCUUACCCAGAUACCCGAAGGUAUUCGGAAAAACGGCAGGGACGAGAUAUUGGGUAUAGCGCUGCAUUUCAACAAGGAACAUUCCAAGACGGCGAAGAUGAAGUUGAUUUUUCAGAUGAUGAAUACGAUGAUGUUGAAGAUUACGAUGUUGAAAACGAAGAUGAAGACCCCGACGAGACUUUGUGGAUCGAUGAAAAACAUUUGGAAAGAUGUGAUUCGGAACCAGUGGCUUUCGGAGCAGACUAUUAUCCUAUGGAACACCCAAGAGAUGCUAGUGAUGUAGCAUACAACAGUGCGAGAAGGCAGAUGCAUGAAAUCCACUCACAUUUACUGAACUUGAGAGAUCAGAUGGAAUAUCUUGCAGACGAGUCGGAAAAUUCUAAUUUGAAACCAAGUAGAUGUAGUGGAAUUUCAGUUGAAAAGAAAUCAUAGCAUUGUUUUUACCAUUUCAGUUUUUCUGAUAAAUAAUUUGCGAUAAAGUUAGUAUGCAGAAUGUGUGAACAAAUUAACAUGCUUUAGAUUUUCAUGCUUUUCCUAACAAAAAUGUUGUUGUAAGCUAUAGUCUACCUAGUAUUAAAGUUUUUACUACAGUUAAUAAAAGUAUCGAAGUCUUUACUAUUGUAAAUAAAAGUAUAAGGUAUCAAAGAUUUUGCUAUAAUUGAAAAUUAAAUGUUCAAAGUUUUUGCUUUUUGUAACUAAAAGUUUCAAAGAUUUUGUAAAAUCAAAGUUGUCACUAUAGUUUACCAAUGCAUAUUUUUGUUAGGUUUGUUUGAUUUGUACAUAAAGAUACUAUAUUUUGGAAGAUUUUACAUCCAAAUAACACAUAGCUAUUGCUACCUUUCCUAAGCCUCAUACUUUGAUUUAGCAUACAAUCAGACGUAAAUGAGUGGUAAGCAUUAACACUUAGUAGUUUGAAUACAGCUAAAUGAGUCACUAUAGACAACAUGCUAGAUCGGUUUUUCAAUAGACAUUUAGCAGGAAACAAUAGUUGCGUAUUACAACGCAGGAAACAAUAGUUGCAUAUUACAACGCAGGAAACAAUAGUUGCGUAUUACAACGCAGGAAACAAUAGUUGCGUAUUACAACGAAUUUUCUGGAAAGAAAUGAUUGUUAUCUGAAGACAUCAAAUUUGUUUAACUCAUUGAAAUAUAUAUUACUGAAAAUAAAUUAGCAGAAACCUUGA